AUGGUAAUUGAACAAGGAUUUAAAAGUGGCGUUACAAGAUUGCUGCAUCACAGGUUAGCUACUGUGGAUCGAAUACAGAAAUGGGGUGUCAAAGUACAAACAGAUUGUGUUUUGUGUAAUACAGGAGCUGAGGAGACUUUGCAGCAUUUGUUCUUUCAAUGCAGUUACUCUGCCUACAUCUGGAAUUCAAUACUUCAAUGGCUAGGAGAGAAGAGGAAGAUCAGUAACUGGGAAGAAGAAACAGAAUGGAUUAGUAGAAAAACAGGGAACAACAGACCACGAGCACAGAUCCUACAAUUCUUAUAUGCUGCUACUGUUUACCAUUUGUGGAGUGAAAGAAACAUAAGAAGAUUUCAAGACAAAAAGAGAGAGGGUCGACAGAUCCUUAAAGAGAUUGUAAUACAAUUGCAUACAAGAGGACAACAAUUCAGCAAAUGGAGAAGAGUCCUAGAGUCUUUGAAUAGCUACCCUAAGUAG